AACAUGUCCGUAAACAGUGCUUGCAGAAACCCUGUGAAGUAUGUUCCGUCUUGUAGUGCUAGUAGGGUGCGUGGGCCUGGCCCUUGGGGGAAGGUCCCCGAAUGCCGAUGUGGUCGAAAAACUGCUGAGGAUGAACCCUCAAGGGAGGUACUCUAACAACCUCAUAGAAGAUUCUUUGCUGGAUGUGCCGGACCUAGUAGCGAAGUAUGGCUACCCUGUCGAAAGCCACGAUGUGGUCACGCAGGACGGCUACGGGCUGACGAUGCACCGUAUCCCCCAUGGCAGAGACAAGAACAACAAGCCUGACCCCAACAAACCAAUAGUGUUCUUGAUGCACGGCCUCCUGUCUUCUUCUGCUGACUUCCUGCUGUUGGGACCUGGUAGUGCCUUGGGCUACAUCCUCGCUGAAGAAGGCUACGAUGUUUGGAUGGGGAACGCUCGUGGCAACUACUACUCCCGUCGCCACACUAGCAUGAACCCUGACAGCAGACUGAACCAGAACUUCUGGAGGUUCAGCUGGGAUGAAAUUGGCAACCACGACUUGCCUGCUUUCCUCAACUUCAUUGAGAAGCACACAGGACAGUCCAGACUCCAUUACAUCGGGCAUUCCCAGGGUGGAACCGCGUUCCUGGUGCUGACCACUCUAAGGCCCCAAUACAACAGCAAGUUCAUUUCCUUCCAAGGAUUGGCUCCUGCCUCGUUCUUUACUUACAAUGAACACCCUACGUUUACCAGGCUAGCGCCGUUGGAAAGUGUUUUGGAGACCGCCGCAUUCGCCAUGGGUCUGGGAGAGAUCCUUGGUAGAAACUGGUGCGCUGACGGGUCUGGUGUUGAUCAGCUAUGUGACCUUACUUUGAACGAAGGCUCUUACUACGUCAACAGCAGCAUGUUGCCCCUAUUCGUCGCGCACACUCCAGCCGGAGCUUCCAUCCGCCAGGUCGCUCACUACGGCCAAAGCAUCAGGUUCAACACCUUCCGCCGAUUCAACCACAACGCCGUCACCAACUUGGCCACUUAUGGCCGACUGACCCCUCCUUCCUACGACCUCUCCAGAGUCACAACUCCAUCCUACAUCCACUACGCUACCAAUGACCUGCUGGUUCACCCCAAGGACGUUCAUAUCCUAGCAUCGAAGCUGCCGAACUUGCAAGGCUUAUACCUGGUCGACUCGAAGACGUUCGACCACGUCGACUUUAUUUGGGCCACCAAAGCGCGCGUGCGAGUUUACAGUAGAUUGCUGGCCUCUAUGAAGGCAGCUGAGAAGUUAUAUACGUGCUGGAAAGCUCAAGCAAUGUUACGUCUAUUGCUGCUGGUGGGCUCAGUGGCCGCUGCGCUUGCGGGUCGAUCUCCGCAUGCGGAUUUCAUAGACCAGCUGGUGGCUUCUGCACCCUCUGCCAGGUACUCCAAUAACAUCAUUGAGGAUGCACUUCUGGAUGUGCCUGGUCUGGUUGCCAAAUAUGGCUACCCCAUCGAGUCCCAUGAGGUGACAACCUCCGAUGGCUACAUCCUCACGAUGCACCGCAUCCCUCACGGACGAGACCAGAACAACAGACCAAAUCCCAAAAAACCGGUGGUCUUCCUUAUGCAUGGUAUGCUGUCAUCCUCCGCCGACUACUUAGUUCUUGGCCCUGGAAAUGCUUUGGCUGUUCAUGUUGCUUUUUAUUCUAAAAACUGCACUUGUUAUUUUAUAUAUCAUUUUACAGGUUACAUCCUAGCUGAAGAGGGCUACGAUGUUUGGUUGGGCAACGCCCGGGGCAACUUCUACUCCCGUCGCCACACCAACCUUAACCCUGACAGCUGGAUGAACCCGGCCUUCUGGAGAUUCAGCUGGGAUGAGAUUGGCAACCACGACUUACCCGCCUUCUUGGAUUACAUUGAGAGGCACACUGGCCAGAAGAAACUCCACUACAUCGGCCACUCGCAAGGAGUAACUUCAUUCCUUGUCCUGAACUCUCUGCGUCCAGAAUAUAAUGCCAAGUUCAUUUCCUUCCACGGAAUGGCUCCCGCUGCGUUCUUCAAACAUAACACUCAUAUGAUCACAUCCCUUGCGCCGCAUAUUGACCUCAUUGAGCCUGCUGCUUUCGCCAUAGGCCGAGCUGAAGUCUUUGGUAACCGAGAAUUCAUAGAGUGGUUCAAUAUGAAUAUGUGCGCCGAGUCAUCUAUUUUCGCGCCUGUCUGCUCUGCCAUAUGGGUUAGCACUACUUCGGACUACUUCAAUACGACCAUGAUCCCGUUGUUCCUUGGACACUCUCCAGCCGGCUCCUCGAUCCGUCAACUCAGCCACUACGCCCAGAGCAUCAACCACCACACCUUCAGGCGUUUCGACCACAACCCUGUGACCAACCUCAUCACCUACGGACGCAGGACUCCUCCAGACUACGACCUUAGCAAGGUCACAGCUCCGGCGUACAUCCACUACGCUGUAAACGACCUGAUGACCAACUUCAGAGACGUCGAAAUCUUGAUCGAAAAGCUACCCAACGUUAAAGUAGCACACUUAGUGGAUUCCCCAGUGUUUGACCACUUGGACUUCGUUUGGGGAUCUGGGGUUAAAACCCGUCUGUAUGACAAGAUGAUUGGGCUCAUGAAGGAGGCAGAAAGAAACGCUUUGUAAAUAAUAAUAAAUAUUUCGGAAAAAUAAAUUUGUUAUUUAUAAAA